AUGUCACAUUCUACCAACAACACACAUUUACUUCUCUACUCUUACCCUGGCUCCGGCCAUACCAUCCCUUUACUCGACCUCACCCACCUCCUACUCCGCCGCGGCCUCACCGUCACCAUCAUUGUCACCUCCACCGUGGACAUCCCGCUUCUCGACCCUUUCCUCUCCCUCUACCCUUCUUCUCUACACAAACUUGUCUUCCCUGAUCCAGAAGUCACCCCAUCUCGCCACCCGCUGAUCGCCAAAGUGAAUUCCACACAAAAACUGUUUGAUCCAAUUGUUCAAUGGUUUCGGUCCCACCCUUCGCCCCCCACACUCAUAGUUUCUGACUUCCUGCUCGGGUGGACUAGCGAACUCGCUUCCCACCUAGGCAUUCGGCGCGUGGUGUUUUCUCCUUCAGGUGCUUUCAGUUCUUCGUUUAUUCACACGUUGUGGCGAACCAUAGAACAAGCUAUUGCCAAAAAUGGCGACGGCGAUGAAAACUUCUUGCUUGCGUUCCAAGAAAUCCCCAACUUGCCAGAGUUUCCUUGGUGGCAGGUCCCACAAGUAAUGCGCGAUUACGAAACCGGAGAUCAAGAAUUUGAAUCUUUCAGGAAAGGAAUGUUGGCCAAUAUGACAAGUUGGGGAAUCUUGUACAACACGUUUGAAAAGUUGGAAGAGGUUUACAUUAAUCACAUGAAGAGCAUUAUGGGCCAUGAUCGAGUUUGGGCCGUCGGCCCAUUACUUCCAGAAACAAAUGGCCCAAUAGCUAUAACUGGACGUGGUGGGUGGAGUACAGUGUCACCUGACCACCUGUUCACAUGGUUGGACGAAAAGCCCAAUGAAUCUGUUGUUUAUAUAUGUUUUGGUAGCCAAGUUGAGUUAAAUGAGAAACAAAUGAGUGCACUAGCACGUGCACUUGAGCUCAGUAAAGUUAACUUUAUCUUGUGUGUGAAGGGAAGUGAGUCAAGCACCAUUUGGACCAUCCCUAGUGGGUUUGAAGACCGCGUUGGUAACCGUGGGCUCAUAGUCAUGGGUUGGGUCCCCCAACUGGCGAUGCUAACGCAUCGGGCUGUUGGCUCGUUUGUGACUCAUUGUGGGUGGAAUUCUACAUUGGAAGCGAUUAUAGGCGGUGUGGUGAUGUUGACGUGGCCCAUGAUUGCAGACCAGUUUGCCAACGCUGCGUUACUAGUUGACCAGUUGGGUAUUGCGAAACGAGCUUGUGAUGGUGGACCUGAGAGUGUUCCUGACUCGGUUGAGUUGGCUCGGUUGUUGGAUGAGUCGUUGAGUGUUGAGAGGCCCGAAAGAGUUAAAAUUAAGGAGCUAAAUCAAGAAGCCACCAACGCGGUUGAACAAGGAACAUCAACAAGGGACUUGGAUACAUUCGUCAAGCUCGUUUCUGAGAUCUAAGAUCAUGAAGCAAAGAUUAGUGAAUCAACUAGAUGAGGGUUUUUUUCUUUAUUUUUUUUUUUAAAUAAUGUUUUGAUGAACAUAAAACAUUAUGUAGUAACUAGUAAAGAAUGGAAAAAGACAUGCUGUUUUUAUUCUCGGACAAGAUAUUAUAAUAAUUGCUAAGUUUGUCUUGUUUUCCAACAUUUA